ACGGCGACUCCGCAGGUAUUUGGCGGUAAAACGCUUCCAUUCACCGAACCAACGAAGAAGAGAAAGGGCCAAUCAGAUGUGGAGCAGAUGGAUCUUGUCCAGGCAUGUUCAGACUGCACACGUGCUGCAUCAGAAGUAAUGUCGCAGUGGCUGGUUUCGGUGGUUGGUGAUGGCAAAGCCGUCAAAAAAGAAUAAAGCUUCCUCUUGGGGGCUCCUCAGCAACUAUCGGUAUCUGUGCAAAAAAUCCCAGAUGCUUCGAGUCAUGGAGAACACAAAAGUAAGGAAGAAAUGCCAGCAAAAGAUCAGGUUCCCAAACAUGAAGAGGAAAUUAACAGACAACCACAGUGAACCACUUGGUACAAAUACACUUGGCAAAAAAACAAAAUUGAGCAAUUCAGACCAGGAGAGUCAAAGUACUCUGUACCCUGAGAACAAGGGUGCUGACAUAUCUAAACCUGGAUUCUCUGACCACCACAGCUUAGCCACAGCACUCAGGGACAGCUGGGAGGUGGACAGUGGUUUCUGCUCGGAGGCGAGUCCUCCAGCCAGCGGUCGGAGCUCACCCUGCCUCCGCUCAACCAUGGUGGUGGCGUUGGACUGUGAGAUGGUGGGGACUGGGCCUGGGGGACGCUGCAGCGAGCUGGCCCGCUGUAGCAUCCUGGACUAUCAUGGCAACGUAUUGUAUGAUAAAUAUGUCCAACCAUGCCAGACAGUCACAGACUACAGGACUCGCUGGAGUGGCAUCCGGAGGCAUCACCUGCAGAACGCCAUGCCGUUCACUCAGGCCAGGGAAGAGAUCCUCAGCAUACUUGAGGGCAAAGUGGUCAUCGGCCACUCCAUUUACAAUGACUUUGAGGCGUUGGACAUGCUCCAUCCAGGUCACAUGGUCAGGGACACGAGUACCACGCGUCUCCUCAGUCGAUUGGCUGGAUUCCCCCGCGAACGUUGCCCCUCCCUGAAAAUCCUGGCCAGUAAACUGCUCAACAGGACGAUACAGACGGGGAGGAGAGGUCACUGCUCGGUGGAGGAUGCUCAGGCUGCCCUCGACCUCUACAAGCUGGUGGAGGGCGAGUGGGAGCAGGAGCUGCAGAACAAGCUGAGGGCCGACGACGCCCCACAUGAGCCGAGCUUCGCCUCCUCAAACCACUACAUGCAGGACGAGUACUGGCCAGACGAUGUCAUAGCUGACAGCCAAUAAGAGUGUUUAUGACAUGUGGCACAUUUAGUGGAAAAUACCUCAGAACUACAGUACAGAAAACUAUAAACAAUGUGUGAGAGAGAGAGAGUAUUGUAAGAAGUAAAUGCGUUUUUGGUGGGUAAUAUAAAAUUAUUGGCAUUGUCUCGCACAAGGAGAUGUACUGUGUCACUUUGGAUAAAAGAACAUUAUUGCUUAAAUGAAAACACUUGUUGACUUACUUUAAAACAUGUUAAACAUGGUUUGAGUGCUCAACAGCAUAUUUUUUUGCUGUGAUGUUUGCUUGCAGAGUCUCUAAGUUAUCAGGCUAACUUGAUAAUAUUUAUAGGGUGACAUUGGUGCUUUUAAAGUUUUGAGGUUAUGAAAUGCGGUGUUUGGAGUUCUCCAACUUUAUCUGCUCUUACUUGAAAGGUAAAAAGGUUAACUAUUAAGAGGACAUGGGCCACAGAUACAGCUGUUUUGGAAAGUGCAGCUGUAUUUUUCAGUUGAUAUUGCUUUAUAAAAUGUCUUCUGUUCAUAGAAGACCAUAAAUAAUGUGGAAGGGAAGUGGCUGCCAUAAGCGCACUCAAAGUGGAAGUUACACUUUUUAAAAUGUUUUUGCAGUUGCCUCCAUGUUUAUGUGGCCUUAAUGUUUUAACAGUUAUGUCUAGUUGUAAUGGUGUUAUUUAAUUACCUCUCAUUGUAAGCUGCUCUUAAAUGUCCCAAUAAAAUGGCAUAUUUAAUUGAAACUUUA